AUGAUCUUGUUGGACUAUCAUAAUGUUGUAAUAGAAGAGACGCUGACCCAACCGAUCGUGAACGUUAUUCCCACAGCCUUGGAUAUGAUUGUGGUCGAUUUCGAUAGCGUGUCUUAUCAUAUUUCGACUUCAGAAUCCACUUCCGUGAUUAAAUUUUCGAUCUCAAUGCAAUGUUACAAAGAACUUGUUCAAUGGGGUGCUCAGGAUAUGUUACAAAGAGAGUAUGGUCCAUAUUGUGUUUCUAACACAGAGGAAGGUUAUGAUUUUACUUUAGAAUUUAAUUUACAAAAUCUUCCUGAAGAUAAAGAACAAAGGGAAGGAUUAGUAAAGAAAUUAGCUUUGAUUAAACGUAACCUUUUGGCUCAACCGUUUGAACGAGCGUUUGAGCAGCAAGCAAAAUUCGAAGAAGAGAAACAAACCAAUCCAGUGUCUGAUCUCAUGCAAAUUCAUUAUCGAGAUCAGGAAGCUAUUUAUAUUCAAGCUCAGCUAGACAGAGUUACUGUAAUCUUUUCUACAUUAUUUAAAGAGGAGACGGAUAGACUAUUCGGUAAAGUGUUCUUACAGGAAUUUGUCGAUGCGCGUCGUCGUCCAAAUCUACAAAAUGCUCCUCAAGUACUAUAUUCGAGCAAGGAACCUCCAUUGGAAAUUAGACAUUUGCCAGAGUUAAAAAAUGCAAAUAAAAAUGAGGAUAUUGGUUACGUCACAUUCGGUGAUGUGAGAGAGAAAACAAUCUCUCAAAUUCAAUUAUUCCGAGAUUAUCUACAUUAUCACAUCAAAUGUUCAAAGGCUUACAUGCAUUCUAGAAUGCGUGCUCGUGUCCAAGCGUUCUUGAAAGUGCUUAACAGAGCCAAGCCGGAAUUACCAAAUGUUGAGAAAAAGACAAUCACGUUAGUUAUCCUUUACAUUUAA